UUCAUAAUUUAUAACCUCUAGAAAUAUUUGACUGAAUAAAUUUAUACAGAAACAAAAUGAAUUUAUCCAUAAGACCAAAUUUCCUUCGAUGCAAUCUAAUAGCAUCGCUUCGUAAAUAUGCUACAACCUCUCCAGAAAUUGAACAAAACGAGCAAGUUUUGAUAGACGACACAGAUGAUGUCCAAGCAAGAGAAGCUGAGAUUGAGAAGAAACGGAACAAGUCGAAGCUAUCGCCGGCACAUUAUAAUCUUAUAAAUGGGCGAAGACCAUAUGAAACACCUAAAUCUACCGCUCACCUUACCGUUAAGUAUAAUCGUAAAAUGUACGGCAUCUAUGGUGUUUCAAGUGGUGUCAAUCCUAGUCUAUGUUGGCCUACAAAGGCUGAAAUUCAAGAAAAACAAGAAUAUGAGGCUGUUGCUUAUCCUUAUACAAUAAGAGAAAUGAUUGAUGCUGCAGCAGCUAGAAGGAAAGAAGAACAAGCUCGAAUUGAAGAGAGGGACAAAGCAGUUGCUGCCAAUUUUGAAAAGCUGGAUCAAUGGAAGAAGGAGCUGAAUGCCAAGAUUGCUAAAAAAACUGCAGAAGUACAAGCUGCUAAGCUGAAAAAGGAGCGCCUUGUUGAAGAAGUUCGAAGACACUUUGGCUUCACUUUAGACCCGAGAGAUGAGAGGUUCCAAGAGAUGUUGGCCAAGCGGGAGAAAGAACAGAGGAAGAAGGAGAAACAAGCAAGAAUGGAAGCCAAAGAGAAAGCAAUGAUUGCUAAAUUGCAACAGAAAAAUGUGGAAUUAAAUGAAAAAGCAUAAUCACAGUGGAAUUCGUUUUUAAUUGU